AUGGCCGUCAAAGGCGCAGCAAAAGGUAGAGGUCCUCCUCGCAGGAAACAGCCCCGGUUUGAGACUUCCAGAGUGCAAGAUCUCGAUGAUCGCGAGCCUUUGAACGGCGAGCAAGUGGUUUCUGAGGAUGCCUUGAACGAAGCAAGCGAUGCAGAGUAUUCGGUCAGCUCCUCUGAUAACGAGGAAGAAGAAAAGUCGACCGAUAAGCCCUACAACGUUCUCCUUCAACUCCUUAAUGCUAGCGAGGACUCUAUCGGACCGGCCAAGAAGAAACGAAAACUAAAGCACAAGGAGAAGAAUGUGAAACAACAAACGGAAGCAACCAAAGAGGCCUCGCCAGGGAAGGGAGAUUUGGAUUUGCAGGAUGAUCUAGACGUCAAGGAGGCAGAGAACACUGAGAGUGACAACGAGCAGGUUGAAAAUGACGAAGCAGAAGGAAGUGAAGACGAGGCAGACAGUGGUUCUGACCCGUUCGAGAUACAUUUUUCUCAGCCUGACGAGGCUCAAUUGUCAAAACGAAUCGAGGCGACUUCCCAGAAAUGGAGAACAAGCAGACAAACUCUCCCGGCGGGGAUGCGCUUUACGGCUGUUUAUCCCGACGUUGGCGAGGAGCAAAAUCUCCAUCGAGCUUCUUUGCACAGCCCGAAGGACCUGACUCUCAAACGGAAGCUGUCUGAAGCUGCGUCUGUACACCUGCCACAAUUUGAUGCACCUAACACGAGCGUCGCACCGUAUCUAUUUGGCUAUUACGAUAUGAUUUACGGAGGGAGGACCACGGGUAAUGCAGCCAAGCUGCGAGAUAUGUACUGCCUCCAUGCCUUAAACCACAUUAUCAAAACAAGAGAUCGGGUGAUCAAAAACAAUGCGCGCGUCCCCAAGGAAGGAGAAGAUAUCGAAAUCCGAGACCAAGGCUUCACACGGCCAAAGGUGUUAAUUAUCCUUCCAACUAGGCAAGCGUGCGUCCGUGUGGUGGAUUCAAUAUCCAAAUUUUAUCAAGCCGAACAACAAGAGAACAGGAAAAGAUUCAUGGAGACGUUCUCGACGGCUGAUGAUGACACAUGGGAGGAUAAAACCGAAGAUUUUCGGGAGUUAUUCGGUGGUAAUGAUGAUGACAUGUUCAGACUCGGCUUGAAAUUCACGAGGAAAACGGUCAAAUUCUUUUCUCAAUUCUACAGUUCGGAUAUAAUCCUCGCCAGUCCUCUAGGGUUACGAACCGCGAUUGAAAAGGAAGAUGGGAAAAAAAUCGAGUAUGAUUUUCUAUCUUCUAUCGAACUCGUUAUCGUCGACCACGCAGACGCUCUACUGAUGCAAAACUGGGACCACGUUGAAUAUAUCUUUUCUCACCUAAAUCUUCAGCCCAAAGAAGCCCAUGGCUGUGAUUUUGGCCGCGUGCGGACAUGGUACCUCGAUGGAAACGCCAAAUAUCUCCGACAAACGCUCAUACUGACUUCAUUCAUAACCCCCGAGAUCAACUCUCUCUUUUCCCAUCACGCUUAUAACGUCUUUGGGAAGAUCAAGAUAGACAGCACCUACCCAGGCGCGAUCCUUGACGUGCCCGUCCCCGUUCCCGUCAGGCAGACCUUUUCUCGGUUUGACUCUCUUUCGCCUGUCAAGGACCCUGAUGCUCGGUUCAAGUACUUUACUAGCACCGUCCUUUCAUCACUGGCCAAGAACUGGUCUAGUUCCGGGAAGUCAUCUGCCGCAGGGACUCUCAUCUUCAUUCCCUCGUAUCUCGAUUUUGUCCGUAUUCGCAACUAUUUUGCUACCUCAUCGCAGACGACGAAUCUUUCCUUUGGCGCAAUUUCAGAGUAUUCUUCGCCCCGUGACGUUGCUCGAGCCAGGAGCCACUUCAUGAACGGGCGCCACACCGUCAUGCUGUACACAGAGCGCUUGCAUCACUUUCGUCGAUACAAGAUCCGUGGGGUUAAGCGCGUGGUCAUGUAUGGCGUACCCGAGAACCCGGUCUUUUACAAGGAAAUCGCGGGAUUCUUGGGAAUAGACCCCGCUGCGGUGGGCGAAGCAGCAGAGAAAGGCGUGCGGGCGCUGUUUUCAAAAUGGGAUGCCCUGAAGCUGGAGCGGAUUGCAGGGACGAAGAGGAUGGGAAGCAUGAUGCUAGAGAAGGGAGGAGAUACCUUCACUUUCACGUAG